AAUGAUGAUGUCUUAAAACCAAUUAACUCGUUUUCUAUCAGUUAGCUCAAAUUUUUGACCGCGUUAUUCUUCCUUGCCUUGCUGCUUCUUCUAGCACAUAAAUAUACACAUUCACUUGUCAUCUCUCCUUCUAAAAACACACACAAAGAAGAUGGAGAAUUAUGGUUCCACAAAAAGACUAGUACUAUUAUGUUUCUCUUUGUUUCUCAUGCAAUAUAGAGGUGAGUGUAAAGUAGAAACCAUAGAAUUCAACAAAGGCUUUGCUCCGCUUUUUGGUGAUGGGAAUAUUGCUCGUUCGGAUGAUGACAAGUCUGUUCAUCUUCAUCUCAACCAGUAUACAGGUUCUGGUUUCAAGUCUUCUGAUCUCUACACUCAUGGCUUCUUCAGUGCUAAAAUCAAGCUCCCAUCCACUUACACUGCCGGAAUCGUUGUCGCCUUUUACACAACCAACGGAGAUGUAUUUGAGAAGACUCACGACGAAUUAGAUUUCGAGUUCUUGGGAAAUACCAAAGGCAAACCAUGGAGAUUCCAGACGAAUUUGUAUGGAAAUGGAAGCACAAGCAGAGGAAGGGAAGAGAGAUAUACUCUCUGGUUUGACCCUUCUAAAGAAUUUCAUCGCUAUAGCAUACUAUGGACGUCAAACAAUAUCAUCUUUUACAUUGAUGAUGUUCCGAUAAGGGAAAUACUUCACAAUGAAGCAAUGGGUGGAGACUACCCUCUGAAACCGAUGUCUUUGUAUGCUACCAUUUGGGAUGCUUCGGACUGGGCAACCUCGGGUGGAAAAUACAGAGUGAACUACAAGUACGCGCCAUUUGUGGCUGAAUUUACUGACCUCACCCUCCAGGGAUGCUCUGUUGAUCCGUUGGAAGAGUUCACCACUCCUAGUUGCAACGAAGAUGAUGUUACCUCUGGUUUCGGUACUGUCACUCCAAAACAACGAAUGGCGAUGAGUAAAUUCAGGCAACGGUACAUGUAUUAUUCCUACUGCUAUGAUACAUUGAGAUACCCUGUCGCGUUACCAGAGUGUGUGAUUGAUCCUUUGUUAAGAGAACAAUUUAAGGAUACCGGGAGAUUGAAGUUUGGUGGCAAGCGUCGGAGCUAUUCUCAGAGAAGAAGCAAGAUUGCCAGAGGAAGAAGGUACGGUAAUUAAAAAGCGCUGUGAUUCUUACAAAGAUUAUUUUGUAUAGAAAAGAAGAAUAAAUUUUGAGCCUUAUGUGAUGUACAAAUAUUUACGUGUGAUAUAUUUAUUUGUUGAUUGCAAGUCCAUGAUAUAGAAAUCGUGGUAUAGUGAUUUCCUGUAAAAAUGAUAAUAAAACUGUUCACCCUUUGAACAA